UCUUCCUCUCCCUCUCCGUUUCGAGAUUCUGAGAUGAGAUUCUAGGUGAUUCCCGUCCUCUGGCUUCUUCUUCUUCUCCCUCUUCUUCCUCCUCGGGCGAAAUCUUUGGCUGUUGGUUCUUCUUCCUCGCUCGCUCUCUCAUCCCAUCUGUUGCUGUGUCCUGGACUUUUCAGUCUGGUGAAUUUUCCAGCAGACACUAGCAUUUAUCUGGCUCUACCUGCUUCCACUUGAUGCUCAGCUACCAAAGAACAUCACUGUCUCAGAUGGUCUAGCCUUUCAGAGUUGAAGUACAUUUUGGCUCAAUUUUUUUCCUGAAACCAGAGAUAGUAAAUUCAUGGACAGGGCUGACACAUCGGGUUUUGUCAGUGGUGGACUCAACUGCACUUCACUCCUGCUGAUAUUCUUUCACUUCGUCUACUCUCCGGUGCACAUAUAGAAGAAGAUCAGAAAGCCCUGAUCUUUCUGUUGUUUCUUCCACCUUUUACACACUGCGGUGAAGCACGUAGAUAGCCUAGAUGAACAACGGUUUUGCUGAAAUCAUUCGGCGUGGAAACCAGCCUCUGAUGGAUAGUUCUGUGGUUGUGAUAAUGGGACACUCUGUAGCAAGCUACACUUUGGACAGCCAUGGACAGAGCUCGUCUUGCAUGGACCACCUGGAUUCAUCGAUGCAGAACAGUAUCCAUGGAAGGAGAGGUAACCGGAGGUCGAACCAUGGGGUGUCUGCGAAAGAUGACGGCUGCGGGCUGGUUCUUGGAUUGAGUCCGUCGCCGGACACUGGCAACGCUGCGCCGGCGCGCAGGUCGAAAGCGCCGCCGGCGACGUUGUUCAGGCAGAGCUUCUCCUUCACCGAGCCAGGGAUGCUGAGCCUUGGGCUUCAUCGGGGAGGUAAUGGUGGGACGAUUCAGCACCUGGAAGCGCCUGCUGGCAACAUCAUCUCCUUCGCUGCUGCCGCCACCGCGGUCGACGAAGGCUCGACGUCGGCGAGGAGGAGCUCCGGUGGGUACAUGCCGUCGCUGCUCUUCGCGCCUCGGCCCAGCCUGUCUGCUCCUGAAGAGGCGCAUGAUCUGGUAGAUCACACGGACAACACCGUCAGUGGUGGCGCUUACCAUGCGCGGCGUCGCCUUCAGCUCAGCCCUGAGCCUUCGGCGACCAUGACGGAGAGCUCGUUUGGUGUGAGCUCCGAUGUGGUCACGGUGGCAACCAAUCCUGUGCAGCCGGCGGCGCAACCGCAGCGGCGGCAUCCGAAGAAGUGCAGGUUCAAAGGGUGCUCCAAGGGCGCGAGAGGUGCGUCGGGGCUGUGCAUCGCCCAUGGCGGCGGGCAGAGGUGCCAGAAGCCCGGGUGCCACAAGGGCGCCGAGAGCCGCACGGCCUACUGCAAGGCCCAUGGAGGUGGCCGCCGGUGCAUGCAGCUCGGCUGCACCAAGAGCGCCGAGGGGAAGACGGAUCACUGCAUCGCCCACGGCGGCGGCCGCCGGUGCGGGCACCAAGGCUGCCCGAAAGCCGCGCGGGGCAAGUCCGGGAGGUGCAUCAAGCACGGCGGAGGGAAGAGGUGUUCGGUGGAGGGUUGCAUCCGGAGCGCCGAGGGGAGGGUCGGGCUCUGCAUCUCCCAUGGCGGCGGCCGGCGGUGCCAGUUCCCGGACUGCCGCAAGGGGGCGCAGGGCAGCACGCUCUACUGCAAGGCGCACGGCGGCGGCAAGAGGUGCGUGUUCGACGGAUGCAUGAAGGGCGCGGAGGGCAGCACGCCGCUGUGCAAGGCGCACGGCGGCGGGAAGCGGUGCAUGUUCGAAGGCGGCGGCCUCUGCCCCAAGAGCGUCCACGGGGGCACCAGCUUCUGCGUGGCGCACGGCGGCGGGAAGCGGUGCACGGUGGCCGGCUGCACCAAGAGCGCCCGCGGGCGCACCAACUGCUGCGUGAAGCACGGCGGCGGCAAGCGCUGCAAGGUCGACGGCUGCGCCAAGAGCGCGCAGGGCAGCACCGAGUUCUGCAAGGCCCACGGCGGCGGCAAGCGGUGCACGUGGGCCACCGGCUGCGAGAAGUUCGCCCGCGGGAGGAGCGGCCUCUGCGCCGCGCACGGCACGCUGAUGGCCGCACAGCAGCGUCGCGGCGGCGGCGGCGGCGGCAGUGGUGGGAGCAUGAUCGGUCCUGGCCUCUUCCACGGCCUCGUCGCCAUGAACAACGGGUACUCCUCCUCCGGCGUCAGCACGGUGUCAGAGUCAGACUGCGACGUCACUCCGGUGGCCACGACGAUGCCCGAGCUGAUACCUCCUCAGGUGCUGGUUCCCAACUCUAUGAAGUCGUCUUGCUCGUCGGCGCCGCCACCGCCGCCGCCGCCGUCGUCGUCGGGCAGGGGCAGAGAGAGAGGAGGGAUCGCCGUUCCCGAGGGGAGGGUGCACGGCGGCGGCCUCCUGUCGCUUCUUGGCGGGAGUUUCAGGAACGUCGACGUCGACAAGCUCUGAAGCAGCACCACUCGUUAAAAUCAAUGUCAGUUUCUACAGUUCUACUAUAGCUGUUCUUCAAAAAAUGGGAAAAAAAACUGAAGAGUAAAAAAAGACAAAUUCUAUAAGCUUUAUAUAGAUGUUAGACUGGUAUGGAACUACGAUUCAUAGGUUGUUUUUGAUGUUAUUAUGUCAAGAUUCAAGACUCGGGACAUGAACUUCUCUGGGGGAUUUCAUAUGUUUUGAGUUCGUUGUGAACAAAAUGCAUGCAGACAUGGAUUUGUCAGGGGGGCAUUUCAUAUGUUAAUUUCGACGACAUCGACAUGAAUUUGUCAGGGGAGUUUCGGAUGGAAUAGGCUUUUACGUACGCUGCUGUUCUUGUGAACAAAAUGUAAAUGCAGUAAUAAUCAGACAUUUCUUUGUGCUACGAUAAGCAUAGCAAUCAUCUAGCUGAUGAUUCUCAUGAAUAAAGAUAAAGAUGAAUUUGUGGUG